UUUCUUCUGCUACUGCUAGUAAACAGUGAAGUGAAAUAGAAUUAUAAAAGUGGAUUUGUUUAUUGUCUCUCGUAGUUUUGUUGGAAUAGAGACGUACACAAUACAUUUUGGGGGUGCUUUAAGAUGGACUGGAAAAUUGCUAGAACUUUGAGAAACGCACCUUACCAGGAUGAAUUCAAAUACCUGUUUUUACUCCCUGAUAUUAAAAAUAUCAAGAAGAAAAAAGAAAAAAUUAUCAAAGUACACCUGCCAUCCCUGGGAGUAUUGUGUACAAACUUGAAACACUUCAUGGGCAUAGGACAAAACAUAAAACCCUAUGUGUUACGAAUCCUUCAGAGACAUCCAGGUACUGCUUUGAACGUUCAUACCAAAAUGCUUUUGGGAAUCAUCAUUGUUCAUCACUUCAAGGCCACAGAAGUAUUAGACAAGAUUGAGGAGUUAAUAUGUAGUUCAAAUAGUGAAAUAAUGGCUUUGACAACAUUGACACCACCUCCAAGUCCUCGUAGUUUUACACCUGAGGUAAUACCACCGUACUCUUCGGAUGAUGAAUCCUCUCCAUCUCCAAGGAAGCAACGUAAAUUUGAAGAUCCAUCAGCAAAGGAGGAACUACUGUUAACUCCGAGGAGACAAAGAUUACGAAGACUCCCAAGACGGUUGGAUCCAGUCAGCAUCACAAUGUCUGACGAUGAUUCAAGCAUCUGUUCUCAAGACGUACAUUACCUGAGAGAUCUCUUUACAACGAUCACAGAGUUUGAUGAUUAUCAGAGGAUUGAUGAGGAGGAUUUGUUGAAAUUCCCUGGUUCACCAAGCAAUGCACACAAUAAAGUACAGUACCAGUUGUCUUCGCCUGUCAACAAAGAUACCCCAUGCCAAUUAUUGACUGAGAACUUGCUCACGUCCGGACCUUCAGAUGUGGAGUUGAUGGGACUGUGUGAGAACGAAUUCAACAGGUGUUUUGAGAAAAGGGUGGCGAGAUCUCCAGUCCUGCUGGUGUCAGAUAUACCCCUCGUUCCUCGAUUGUCUCCCCUCACCCACACUGUGAGUGACAUAACUCAUCCUAAACCUCUUUCCUUAGCACCUCCAGUUGUGGCUGAAGAGCCAGGUCUCAUCUCCCCAACCAUUCAUUUUCCAGUACUCGCUGGAUCACAUGUUACGUUAGAUCCUCUUUUGCCAUCCUUUCCUGUCCUCUCUGACUUGCCUGAGGAGAUGUCUUUGCCACCUUCACAACAAUGGGGCAUCAGACGACCUCUGAGUGACGUACCGGUUGAACCAGAAAGUCCACAACAAAAACGCAGGAAGGUUCAAAUGUGGUCAAAGAAAGUUCGGACAGGGCGUAGAGAAAUUGGAGCAAGAGUACUGGCGGAUAAUCCAAUUGGGAUCCUUGAUUUUACAAGAAACCCUGAUUUAAUAGAGAGAGUCAGACCUCCUAUAAUAAGAUGUCCCCCAAGAAGAGACAACAGAACCAGAAGGUGGUUGACACAAGACCUAAAUUGGGACCUAUCCAGAAAUGAGCCUUUGAGAUUGGAUGAAAUAUUUAUCGAUGGAGAUGAGCCAAUGGAGGAAGUUGUUGCCAGGGAACAACCUCGGAUAGAAGAAGAACCCAUCGAAGAACUUGAGCAACUUAGUUGGUCGAAUAUUGUUGACACUUUAAUUUCAUCUUUAGCUGCUCAUCCCUUGGUCACAGACAUCAAUUACAUGCUCAAGGAUGUGGGCACCAGUAAGAUGCCUUACAUUGAAAAUGAUGGAAUAGAAGAAGAGUUUCCACCAGAUUUCAGAUUAAAGAGAGCCCCCCUCAUAAGCUCCUCUGUGCUGAUGCGUUACCCAGACUGGGCAACAAGAGGACAGCGACCCCAGACUCAUGAUGAGGUUCAGGCUCACUCAGCAGUGGCUCUGCAUCAAACAGAUUUGGAAUCUGGAGGACCUCCUAUGCCGACCGACAAUUUCAACUGA